CAGGGCCCGAAGAAGACGGAGGAGUGCUGUCAUGGCGGCCAAGGUGGUGAUGGUGGCCGUCCCGACGGUGCUAGGAAUAGCCUCCAUCCGUGUGUACACUGUGAGUGAAGCCCCCGCUGAUGGGCUGGUUACUCGAGAACAGCUGAACAUCUACACACCGCUGCCACAGUCUGCCCAGGUUCAGUUUGUUCAAGAGAGGCCUGGUGUUAUUGAGAGUGGGUUAACUACAGCUAGAGAGAGCAUACUACCAUUGGCCCAGGCUGUAAAGGGUGCCUGUGUUUCUGUGAAAAGGGGAAGUGUUAAUCUGUACCAUGCAGGAGAGGAUGCAUACUAUUACCUGAAAGACCCUCCCCCAGGUUUUCUACCCAGAUUUGGCACCAUCACCAUGGCUGGCCUGCUUGGAAUGUUCUUGGCACGGAAAGGCUCUCGUUUCAAGAGGUUAGCUGUUCCGCUGGGCCUGAUGAGUGCAGGAGCUUCAGUGUGCUACCCAGCCCAAGCAGUGGCUGUACUUAAGGUGACGGGUAAGAAGGUGUACGCUGCGGGGCAGUGGAGCAGCGCUGCAGUGUCUUCAUUACUCACCUCCAAGCCCAAAGAGCCUGUUGCCAAAGAAAUUACUGCUUCACAAAAACAGUCAUCUACAGUGUCAAAUCUAGAGUCUGCAGUGGUUGAGGUGUCAGAGCCCAGAUCUACCACAGACAGCUCAUCCCAAAGUGCUACAAGCCCAGAAACAGAGGUGGAAUCAGCUGAGUCUGUUCCUCUCUCUGACGAGCCCAUCGCCGCUGUCAUAACAAAGGAGGCGUCAUCAGUAACACUCUCAGAGAUCUCCCCCGACCAGGCCCCCACAGAGACCAACACAGAUCCCGUGGUACAUUCAGUGCCAGCAGAGACAGAAGCUGCUUCUCCGUCUGAGGAACGACCUGCCCCUGUUGAAAGUAGUGAGGAGCCCUCAGACACAAAACAAACACCACAGGACGUCUCAAAUGAAGCCAGCCCAGCCGAGUCCACGGCGGGUGUAGAGCCAGAGACGGUACAGGCAGCCCCGGCUGAGGCUGCCGAGGUCGAGUCCGCUCCUUCCUCUGAAGAACCACCUGCUCCACAGGCUUCAGAUGAGCCAGCAGUGCCAGUUGUUGAAUCAGCUGAGCCAGAACCCGCUGCUCAACCAGAGGAGACUCCAACCCCGACACUCACACCACCACCACUACCACCUCCUGAACAGCCUGCAGCAGAAAACAGCAAAGAGGGCUCUGGUUUCAAAGCAGACCCUUCUCUCAUGGACUUUGGUCAAUCCAACCCUGAGGAUGAAGACCUGUACAGCACACGCAGCUGAGAGAGCAGUCGGCAACAGGACAGACCUCAUUCCCACACUGCCAUCUCAUCCGGGCUGACAAACACUCUGUCAUUAUGCAUUGUAAAUUGCCAUUUUGCAAGCAAGCAUAGUUAGAAGGUCUUUUAUCAAUAUUUCCAUUCUCAUUUUUUUCUGCCUACAUCAUUUAUAUUUCCACAGAAAACAGCCAAGUGAAUUUGCAUUGCAAAUAGCAGCAAGCAGUGGCAGUUUAUGUAAAAGAACUGAAACCCAGAAAAAAAAUACACACCCACAACUGUUUACAAGUCUUUUAAUUCACAGAUGGCAGAUUGUGAAAAUUUCUCUCUGUUUGUGUCAUUUAACAAUCACUGGCUUUUGUGCUAGAGCUUUUACAGUCAUGAGUGCAUGGUGCUUUUAUUUAUUGUAAUUUAGCCCACUGUGUUGGUAAGGUGAAAACACUGCUCAUGUGCUGGAAACAGUUACAAGAUGGACUAGUGCUGUUCCAUUUUGUUACAUCAAAAAUGGUCUUCUCUUUGUUGAUUUGAAGAACUCAAAAUAAAUCUAUAUUUUUCAGGGA